AUGUUUAGGAUUCUACUCGCCCUCCUGCACAACAACAAGCACAGCAACAACAAUAACAACAACAACAACAACAACAACAACAACAACAACAACAACAACAACAACAACAACAACAACAACAACAACAACAACAACAACAACAACAACAACAACAACAACAACAACAAUAACAACAGACUCAAGCACCUCAAGCAGGAGCCAUCAACAACGUAA